AUGGAAAAAUCAAUUGAAUAUGUUCAAGUUAUGACUAAUUUUGAGUCAGCUUACAAUGUUUCAUCAAAUCUUAUUCAGCAACCUACCAUGUAUAUUCCCGUGUCUUUAUCGUUUACUUCACCGAUGCUUUCAAAUCGACCAUCAUCACCAUUAUUUCAUCGUUGUAAAUCUCCUACGUCUAGAAUACCUUUACCGACGGGAUCUGGUCCUAAAUUUAAUUUUGACUUAUAUAAAAUGAAUGAAAGCAAUUAUGAAUUUGAUCGGGAUUCUCUAUCUUCUAAUCGUUCAAUAUCACCAUAUUCGUCAAGAAAAAUUUAUCACAAUCCAAUAUAUUCUCCUCUAUCAUCUUCGAUUUCUAAACAACCAACACUAUCUAAAUUACAACAAAUUAAUGAUGAACUAAGUGAAACAUUAGCUCGGUCUGAAUUAACCGAUCGAUCACCAGUACAUUAUCAUGUUCAUCACUAUCCAUUAUCUCAACAUACAUCAAGAAAAUAUCGUUCUCAAUCACCAACUAAAGAACGUUCAUCAUCAACUGAAAUAGAUGUGUCACCUGAAAUACAUAAGGCUCGAGUGACGUACAAAGUUCAUAUGCCACGACGACAUCAACAAUCGUCUCGUCAUAUGCCAACAUCAGAUAUAUAUUCUAGUGAUGAUAGAAUGACUAUUGAUUUGCAUCCAACACGAGAUCAAGGUUUCGUAAGACAGAGAAGAAAAAAUCCGGAUCAUCAAGAUCUAUGGGUUGUAAAUGGCACAUCGGUACGGCGUAAUUCUUAUUCGGAUACAAAUACAUCGCAAUGCUCAGAAACGCCAAGAUCACUGCGCUACAAUGAUAAACCAGUUAAAUCAAACCGUCGAUCGGUUCGUGGCACAGGUUACUAUCGGUAUUGUAAUGAAAAUAGAGAAAUAUAUUUUAUUCUAGAACGUUCCUCGCCGGCUGUGCAUCAUCGAUCACAACAUGAAUCUGCUCGUAGUCACUUAUCUUCAUCUCGAGCAGGUCGACCUGAAUGGCAUCCUCCAUCAAGAAUCGUUUCUGAAAGACCACCAAAAUAUUUCAAACCUAGUUUAAAACUAGAAUCUGAUAUGUCAACAGAAAAACAUCACAUGGAUGGAGCAGAAUCAGAGCCAGUAUCACAACGAGAAACACGUUCGAAUCGAACAAAAGUACGUACUGGAGGUGAACAUCUUAAAAAGUCUGCUAAAAAUUCUGAGAACAACGCAAAAUCAACAUGGGAACCUACAGUCAUUGGUUUAUCUAAAUCACCUGUUGAAGAACCAAAACCGCCAACAAACACAACUACUGAUCGACAUUCAUUGCAUAAUGAAUCAACGAAACCUACAGUAGAAAUAAUACCAAAAAGUGAUAGGGUUAUUGAUGAAAAUCAUAGUAGUCCUCGGCAUGAUUUAUCUGGAAAUCAAUCACCAACAUCACAAAGAAAGAAGAAUCAAGAUUCAUCUCAUUCAUCCCCUCGUGUAGAAAAAGUAUCAACACCACAUGAAUCACGAAAACCAUCAAUAGAACUUCCAAAACCGACUAACAAUAUACUAACACAUGAAAAUGAUCAGAACAAUAGCCAAGAUAAUAAUCACACGUCUUUACCUACAUCUGAGGUUAAGAAAAAUGAAAAUGAUAGUAGCGAUAACAACGAAACAUCAAAGAAUCAAAAUUUACAGCCAACAACACCACCACAUUCUUCUGCUGAAGUUUCAAAAUCUAAUCGUAAAACACCAUCACCACAGCCAAAUAAUAAUGAGAAGCAUGAAGCAAUUAUCGAUGAUGAUACAGACGAAAAUGAUCAAGAGGUUGCGGAUAGUUUCGAUAUUAAUAAGUUUCUUACCGAUGCAUCAAGAGCUAUCUUAGGACCUUCAAAACCAGAUGAUACUGCACCUGCUGCUCCCCGAUCUCUUCCUAAACCUAUUGUAAAAAGUCCACCUCGUCGAAAAGCUCAACCGCUAUCACCAUCCUCUGUAGCUUCCGAUCAGGAUCUAUAUAACCCACCAUUUGGUCCUAAGCGAAAAGAGAAACCGCCUGCUAUUCCUACUCCUUCUUUACCACCACCACCACCACCACCACCUCCACCACCGCCAACAACAGGAUCAACAAAUGACGCUGAAGGUGAAGAUUUUUUUAGUUAA